GAAAUCAAGACGUGCAAAGAUGAAUAUUGGUACCAUACUUAACCGUUUUCUGCGUUGUCGGUCUGGGAUAUGCAGCAGACCCAGAUUUCACAUUCACUUGGAUAAACUGUGCUGAAAACUUUCUAGAAAUUACAAUCGGACCGUCGGAUUCAACUGAAAGCGUUAAAUUUAAUAUCAUCGAUGUAACUACAAAAGUAAAAGUGGCAACUGAAAUUCAGGAUUACGGGACUACUGUGGUUUAUACUGUUCCUGAUACUUUGGAUAAUUCUGUAGAAAACAAAGUUAAUGGUCGUGGUUUUCGGCGGGUACUUCCAAAAUGUGGCGGUGGACAGCACGAGCCACAUAUGACUACCUUUGACGGUUACAAGUACAAUUCCAAUGGUUACUGUUCUUACACCUUGGUCAAAAGUUGCGACGAAACCAUUUACCCAGACUUUGAAGUCACUGCUGAUUUCAGAGGAAAAGACCACCCGUAUGAACCUCCAACAUUUAUGGUUGCAUUUAACAUAACUUCAAAUGGAAAGGAACUGAUCAGAAUCAAUGAAGACGACUCUAUACUAGUAAACGGACAACUGAUGACUGACUCGUUAGCAGUAAUUGAUACUUAUGUAGGCAAAGUAAAAAAAGAAAAAGGUACAAUCAUAGUAUAUCUGAAUCAACUUGGAUUCUCUCUUACGUGGAAGAGACGUGGACAUGUGAUGUCUAUAACAUUGAAUGACGACUACCUACAUGGGCAUGUAUGUGGACUUCUAGGAAAUGCCGAUGACAAUCCAAAGAAUGACUUUAUAACACCAGAUGGGCAAAGGACAUUUGACUCUGAGGUUUUCAGUAAUAGUUGGCAGAUACCUGGAAGCUGUCCCUAACUGGUCAGCUCCGUCACACACCUGGAUGAAUCUACUUAGUGACCUGGACUCAUUUUUUCGUGACGCAUUUAUCUUCAGUAGGCAUAUUUAAGCUAAUAAUCAAUGUCAUUGCGCCAAUUUAAUAUAUUUAAUUCGGUUAAACAUGUAGAUUAUUAUUGCGAGCAGUAAAUCUAGUUUGCAUUUUGGAUGAUAAUUAUUUGACUAAUGUAUUGCUUCAUAUAUAUUGUUGACCUUACGUGCUAAUAAACUUCAGCAACUUCAUCUUA